UGUGCGAGCCAGCCGAUCACAUCUUGUUUACGUUGUGUCCAAACCCUCGUGUAGUGGUUUAGUUCCGUUCAACGCUUCCGGCAUUCCUAAUAAGCAUCCAAAAUGAAAUUCACGGUCGUACUCAUUGCCGCGUUAAGCGUAUCGGCUUCAUGGGCCAUCAAGAUCAAGAAAGCGGACGAACCCAAAGACAAAAGGGAAGCUCCCGUCGGGUAUCCAUCCCAUUCGUCACACAGCUUCCAAGCCCCCUCGGUUGGACACGGCGACGCUAGCGCCAUCAGCAUCGGGGCGGGAUACAGUGUUGGAGGAGCCAAGCCCAGCUUCAGCUUAGGCGGACAUGGCGACGGCGGAUACCAACUCGGCUCUGAAGGUCUACCUGGAAGUGGACACGCCACCAUUCAACUCGCUCCUAUCACCCUUCAACCAAACCAUGGAUUUGCAGCUUCAGAUCUAUCACAGCUGAUGUCUCAACUCUCCCACGGUUUGAAUUCAGGAGCGCUUCAGAUUCAGACCGGCGGCGAAGGCUACCAACAAGCUGAUCAGGGUGGUCACGAAGGUCAAGAAUUAUCUCUCCCUCAGUACUCCUUCAACGCUCCCAAGUUACAGCAGCAGUAUGCCGUGUCUGAGCAUCAAUCCAGUGUGCCUUCCUAUGCUGCCGGCACUAAAGGUCUUGGUUCUUACUCCACUGGCCCCGUACUUUUCUCGCCAUCUGAUUCUCAUGGUAACGCACCAGCUCUAACUUACGGUCAACCUAACUCCGGACAUUCCCUCGGCGGAUCAUCCAGUGGCGGACACUCUUACGCUAUUGCUCCAAGCUCCGGACACUCAUUCGGUGCGCUGUCCAGUGGUGGUCACUCAUUUGCUAACGCUCCCAGUUCUGGUCACUCGUUCGGCGGUUUAUCCAGCGGCGGUCACUCCUUCGGCGAAGGUGCUAUCGCUCUGAAUUCCGGCCACGGACAUUCCUUCCCUGGUCUUUCCCUCGGUAAUGGUGGCCAUUCUUUCGGAGGAGCGAUCAAAGGUUUCGGUGGUGCCACUUACGGAGUUCCUUCAAAAACGUCUUUCAAGCCUUCGGCCUUCAUAGGUGCUUCCGUUCAAGGUGAAUCUGGACAUGGUUCAUCUGGCCAUGGUUUGUCUGGUCUCUCUGGUUCCUACGGUGCCCCAUCUUUCGGUUCCCUGGGUGGUGGUAGUCACGGAUUCUCUCUCAGCUCUGGUGGACACGGUGCCAGCCUAGGCGGAUCUUUCGGUGGUAGCUUCGGUGGCGGUUCAUCUAAAUUCGUCGCCCCAUCUUACUUGCCUGCUAAAUCUGAAGGAUUCGGAUCUUCUCUUGAGUCAGUUGCGUCUUUUGCAUCUGAAGGUCAUCUAGGAUCUGCCCCCGGUGCCUCUUACGGAUCGCCAAGUUCAUCAUAUGGUCAUCCCUCUAACUCAGCUCACGCUGCUUCGUCAUCGAGCCCUCAAUAUUACGUGCCCACGAAGUCAUCAUUCCCCAGCUUCGGUAGCGGUAGCUCAUCUUACAAAGCUCCUUACUCCGGUCACGGUGCUGUGAGCUCAUUCUCGUCAGGUCACAAACAUGGUUUCGGUGGUCACAGCAGCCACGGUCCCCGGUACGGACACCCCAAGGGAGAGCUCCAAGGCGCCCACAGUGAGACUUCUUACAACACGAUUAAAUACAGUGAAGAACUUAAGCCCAGAGCACAGUAAUGUUCUUUUGGUAGCUGUUGAUAUGUACAAAGUCAAAUCUCGUUGUAAAUAUAGUUAUUAUGCAUGUGAGGAAGGCCGUUUAGAUGAGCGAUAGUGCGACGUGUAGCGAAAGUAUUGCCUUUGUUGUUAUUUAUUUACGGGCGUUCCGCUAAUUAGGUGCGCGAGAGUGUCUGAUCUGCAGCCAGCGUGGACGUCUUGGCUACUUGCGGGGUGCUUUCAUUUCUGUGUGUCGUAAUAAUUAGCUUAUUAUGUGUUUGGGCAUGUCUUGGAACUGGUUUCCACCGGAGUGUGAAUCAUAAAUUAUGGCUUUGUUUCAUAAUUCCAAAUAACAUUGUCACUUGAUGUUUAUGAGCCGUGAAUUUCUGUAAAUAUGUUAGUUUAAGAUAGCUUAUUUAUUAUCUGAAGCUGUAGCAUAAGUUGUUAUUGUUUUCAAUAAAUGUUGUA